UUUGCUGUUAUGAAAGCGUCACCCUCGUCAGUUUGUAGUCAGAUUAACGGAGAUAUUUGUCAGUUGGAUUUCAUCUUUUAACAAUAAUUAAAUGAUUUACACGCAUACAGGGGUUGCUGGGAUUUACGGCACAUUAUUUUUUUAGCGUACUUUUAGUUUGCUUGUAACGUGUGCCUGUCCUCGGGAGGAUUAUGAAAGCUGAAAUGGAUAAAAUCCUCUCCUUGGCAGAUGGAGAGAGCAUCGCCGAGCUUCAGAAGUACCUGUCCUCCCUGACAAAUGACCAGCUUAUUACUGCGACAACCAACAGCGCACUAAAGGGUAAGAAGGUCGGUUCCAUGCUAAAAGGGAUAUUUAAAGGAUCUCCAGCUGUUUCCAGUGAAGGGGCGAAUCGCAGACUUCUGGUGUAUGAACACCUCAUUCCUCUGUGUGAGUCUGGGGAUCUUCAGGCUGAGGUGGCAGCUGAUAUCAUCGGUCUGCUGAUGCUGGAGACUCAUACGCUGUCUGGAUCAUCUCUUGCCAAACUGGCUGCUCUGUUUGUCGAUGCUAUUAAAGUUGGAAAGAUGGGCAGCGGGAAAUCGCUGGAGCUGUUUCCUACUAUCCUUACUGCCCUCGCCGCAUGUGAAGCCUUGUCAUACGGCAAAGGGGAACUCAGCGGUGAAGAAUAUAAAAAGCAGCUUAUUAACAGCCUCUGCUCAAGCAGAUGGGAUCCACAAUGUGUUAUCCACUUGACAACCAUGUUUAGGGAUGUGCCGCUGUCAUCAGAGGAGCUGCAGUUUCUGGUCGAGAAAGUCCUGAGAAUGUUCUCCAAACUGGAUCUGCAGGAGAUCCCGCCACUGGUUUAUCAACUUCUGCUUUUAUCUGCUAAAGGUUGUAAGAAAAAGAUCCUGGAUGGAAUCGUCAGUUACUUUAGGGACCAAGACCUUCGGCAAGAAGAAGAGCAGAAAGACGGAGAGAACUUGCAUCUAGAGGUUCAGACUAUUCCACAGGACCAGUUGAGGCAUGUGGAGGGAACUGUUAUUCUCCACAUUGUUUUUGCUAUAAGACUGGACCAUGAGCUCGGAAGGGAGAUCCUCAAAAGCUUUAAGACAUCAUAUGGGAACUUGUGUCCUUUCAGUGUUGCCUUGUUGCUCUCAGUAGCACGUAUCCAGCGAUAUGAGGAGCAGGUGUUUGACCUUUUGAAAGGGGCUGUAAUUAAGAGCUUCAAGGAUGAGCAGCUGCAGCAAGGGUCGAAGUUCCUACAGGACCUGCUACCGGGACACUGCAGUGUGGCCAAGAUGAUACUGGACACCGUUAAGAACAGUGUAUUUGGAUGGGAUCAUGUCACUCAGGGACUGGUGCAGCUUGGGUUCUUUCUUAUGGACACAUUUGGACCCAAACCUGGACCAUUUGGCAAGUCCACAGAGGGGCCUGUUGGUGUAGCCCGGACCCCCUCUCAGCAGGCCUGCAAGUUGGGAGGACAGAUGCUCCUGCAGGGCUUUAAGAUGCACGAGCCAAUCAGAGGCGAGAUACUGGAGCAGGUCCUGAAUCGUCUGGUCACAAAGACCGCCUCGCCUGUCAGCCAUUACUUGGACCUUUUCUCUGACAUUGUGAUCUCUGCUCCAAUGAUUCUCCUGGAGUCAUCCUCCAAGGUUACGGAGACAUUCGACCACUUGACGUACCUGCCUUUGGCAACCGUUCAGGGUCUUCUGAAAGCUGUGCAGCCCUUGCUCAAGGUCAGCAUGUCUUUGAAAGAUUCUUUAAUUUUGGUGCUCCGCAAGGCCAUGUUUUCCAGCCAGUUGGAUGGCAGGAAGUCUGCUGUGACGGGCUUUUUGCUGUUGCUGAAAAACUUCAAGGUGUUGGGUAGCUUGGCUUCGAGUCAAAGUACCCAGGCUAUCUCCUCCAGCCAGGUCCAAGUGGAUGUUCACUCUCGCUACAACUCUGCUGCCAAUGAAGCCUUUUGCCUGGAGAUUCUCAGCAGCCUGCGCCGCUGCCUUGGCCAGCAGGCCGAUGUGCGCCUUAUGCUCUAUGAGGGUUUCUAUGAUGUUCUCCGUCGCAACUCUCAACUUGCCAGCUCCAUCAUGCAGACCCUUCUCUCACAGGUGAGACGGUACUACGAGCCUGAACAGGACCUGCUUCCCCCUGUCAAACUGGAGCCGUGCAUCGCUGCUCACGGGGACCAAGUCUACCUGCAGGAGCCGCUGGCACAUCUAGUGAGCUGUACUGUUCACUGCCUAAUGUGGCUGCAGAAUACACAACGAGCUGCAAGCCUCAACGCUGAUGACAGCGAUGACGACGAGGAAGAGGAGGAGGGUUACAAGUCUGAAUUACAGACGAUCCUAGAGAGCAUGACGAGACGCAUGAUCAAAUGUGAGCUGGAGGACUUUGAACUGGACAAGUCGGCAGAGUUUUCUCUGGGAUCCAGCGUUGGGGUGAAGAAUAACAUCUACGCUGUGCUGGUGAUGGGACUGCACGAGGUCCUGAUGGAGUACAACUUCAUCAAAGCAAACUACAAUAAGACUCGCUUUGAGGAACUUCUCGAGCUCUUCCACCGCCACCACAAACUGUCCGAGAUCUUGAAGGAGAAAUCUGGAAAGGGACGAGGGCCCUCACACAAGACUCCUCGCAGUUUACUCUCCAUGGGCUUUGUAUCGACUCUCAUCACCGUCCUCUUCAGAGAUAAUAAUCAAAGCAGAGAGGGGGCGCUGUCGGUGCUCCGCUCAAGCGGGGAGUUUGUGCGUUAUGCUCUGAGUGUUGCUGUUCAGAAGAUCCAACAGCUGGAGGAAACCGGACACACGGACGGGCCUGACGGGCAGUAUUCCGACAGAACUUUCCGCUUCCUCUGCGACAUGACAAGUGUGCUGAUGUGGCGUUACACGAACAUCCCCAGCGCCGUGGAGGAGGCCGGGAAGAAGGAGAAGCGCUGCAGCUUGUCUCAGCUUUGUUUGGAGGGUCUGCUCAAGAUCUUCACAGCCUGCCAGCAGCGCUACCCAGAGAAGAUGGCCCAGCUGCUUUCUACCAUGGAUGUUGCAGAAGAUGAAGCCGAGCAGGACGAUGCUGCAGAAAUGAACUACUUUUACAUCAGACAGUUUCAGAGGGCGCUGUUCACUCAGUUAAGUGGAGGUGAGGAGGAAUUCAACAGCCGAGAAGCCCAGCUGCUGGUCAGCAUUUUGACCGUGCUCUCACGUCAGCUGAAGCCCUCAUCCAAACAGUUUGUUCAGAUGAUCACCUGGACUGUGAAGAUCUGCAAGGAAACUAGUUUUGAGGACUCUGCAUUCUGCAAGGGGCUUCUGUCCCUUCUCCUCAGUCUGCACGUCCUCUACAAGACCCCAGCCAGCCUGUUGCUAGAGCUUUGCCAAGACAUUCACAGCCAGUUGGGAGAUAUUGAUCAGGAUGUGGAGGUGGAAAAACAGUCUCAUUUUACCAUUAUUAACAUGAAAACGGCAACAACAGCAGCUCUGCUGGUCCUGUCUCAAGUUGACAGAGUUCUCGAUGAAGUGGACUGGCUUAUAGCGCGGAGGAAAAGUCAAGCAAGUUCUGAUAAAUCUGGCUCUGCCGAGGCCUCCCAGGCUGCAGGUCAGCAGGAUCCGGUUGAGAAGGCGGUGACUCUGCAGCUGGGAACCCUCCUGACUGCUUUAAAUGAGCUGGUCCAGACGGCUCUUCUGCCCGGAAACUGCACCGUAACGCUGCUGAGAGAGCUGAGCCGUACCUACACCAUCCUCACCACCCUGGUCAAAUAUUAUAUCCAGGUGUGUGCCAGCCAGCACGGAUCAUUGCCAAAUAGAUUUGAAAAACUGGUUAAACUGUCUGGUUCCCACCUGACUCCACAGUGCUACUCCUUUAUCACCUACGUCCAGAGUGGAGAAUCCAGCACUGGAGAUGACAAGAAGAAAAAGAAAAGGAACGAGGUGAACACAGCUGCCUCGGCAAAGCUUCUGCGUGAGACAAAGGCCAUCCCCAACCUGAUCUUCAGCAUUGAACAGUACGAGAAGUUCCUCAUCACACUCUCCAAGAAAUCAAAGGUCAAUCUGAUGCAGUACAUGAAGCUGAGCACUUCGAGAGAUUUUCGCAUCAAUGCUGCUACCUUGGAUGCAGCCCUGCAGGAGCAGGAGGAACCUGAGGAGACUCAGAAGUCGCAGGACACAGAGGCGCAGGAGCCCAAACAGAAGAAGAGAAAACAGUGAGUCGGAAACAACUUGUCUUCUGUGCAUCAUGAGCCCAGCCUGCUGCUGACGUGUUUCAGGAGAACGGCCCAAGAAACAGCUACCUUCCUUUGCUCAAAGAGCCUUUGUUGUUGCUGAUGAUUUGGUAGAUGUCCAAGGCCUCACCUGUGGAAAGUUUUGCACACUUUGUUUAAAAAUCUCUCAUAUUUAUGUCACUUUACUAAAAGAACCAUCUUUUAAAUAUGAAGCACACUCAGAUUAUUUUUAUUCAAAUAGGAUUUAGUUUUUUCCUAUUUUUCAUGAUUAGUUUGUCUUCCUUUUCUGAUAUUAUCUGAAUUUUCUGAUAAACAAGCUGCCAGUUUUCGAGUAAAAGCAUGUUCAGGAAAGUAUAGUAUAGAUUUAUACACACUAAGUUCAGUGAAAGAUUGGAGGUGCAGAUGCAGUGCUUCACAAAGGUUUUCUGUUAUUGCAUAUUUCAUUAUAGUUCAGCUUAGAUGGUGUACAUACAGAAAUCAUUCACAUUAGUAGAAAUUAGUAAGGAAACAGAUCAGAUCAAUGACAUCUGUGCAUGCCAAACCGUUAAUGGGUAUGAGUUUUAAUUUGGAUGUUUUUGGCUAAAUAAAUUGUUCCCGUUACAUCUCA